ACACACACGCUGGACCACAGAAGAGAAGCAAAACCCCAGUCAAUCGUGGACAUUUUCCCAUUCACCCCCCCUGCCCCUCUCCCUCCAUCCAUCCGUGGAUUUGUCACAAGAAGAAGAUGAGGAGGAGGAGGAGGAUGGUGAUGAUGUGAAUGGGACACGGAGGCACCCUGCGCCGCUUGGUUCCCCUUCAUUUUGGAGCGAACACGCGGAGAUUUGCGCACCGGCGAGCGGGGCCAACGUGUGCGCUCUUCCGGGGCCCGGUACGCGUCGUCUUGGCGGACUGACGAAGCAGGAUGGAGGCGUUUUUCACCGAGGGGGCCCACGUUUGGGUCAGGGAGAAGGAGCAGCUUGUUCCAGCCACGGUCAACUCCUGCGGAGAUGGCACCCUGGUUCUCACUACUGACUAUGGAGAGGUGCUGUACCUGCAGCAGGCGGAGGUCACCAGGGAACGUGUGCACGCCAUGCACCAGACCAGCGUGGACGGCGUGGAGGACAUGUCGGCACUGGCUGAGCUGCACGAGGCCGCCAUCAUGCACAACUUGUACCAGCGCUACCAGAAGGACAGCAUCUAUACAAACAUCGGCAGCAUCCUGGCGGCAGUCAACCCUUACAAGCAGAUCCCAGGUCUGUACGACCCGGAGCGGGUGGACCUGUACUCCAAGCAUCAACUGGGUGAGCUGCCGCCGCACAUCUUUGCCGUGGCCAACGAAUGCUACCGCUGCAUCUGGAAGCGACACGACAGCCAGUGUGUGCUCAUCAGUGGGGAAUCGGGGGCAGGGAAGACGGAAAGCACCAAGCUAUUGCUGCAGUUCCUGUCGGUGAUGAGCCAAAAGUCAGCUGGGACACCGCCGUCGGAGAGAAGUACACGCGUGGAGCAGGCCAUUGUACAGAGCAGUCCUAUCAUGGAAGCAUUCGGGAACGCCAAGACCGUUUACAACAACAACUCCAGCCGCUUUGGGAAGUUCAUCCAGCUUCACUUUUCGGAGAGCGGCAACAUCCAGGGAGGCUGCGUCAUUGAUUAUUUACUGGAAAAGAACCGAGUGGUGCGACAGAACCCCGGAGAACGCAACUACCACAUCUUCUACGCGCUGCUGGCAGGAGCCAACAAAGAGCAUAAAAGCCUCUACUUCCUGGAGGAUCCAGCGGAAUCUUUCCACUACCUCAGUCAGUCGGGUUGCCUGAAGGACAAGAGUCUGAAUGACAAAGAGCUGUUUAACAGUGUUAUGGAGGCGCUGAAGGUGCUGGAGUUCUCAGACGAGGAGAUCCGGGACAUGUUCAAGCUCCUCUCGGGCGUCCUGCAGCUCGGCAACGUGGAGUUCAUGACGGCGGGAGGAGCUCAGAUCACCACCAAGCAAGUGGUGACAAACGCCAGCGAGCUGCUUGGCCUCGAUGCCUUCCAGCUGUCCGAAGUGCUGACUCAGCGCUCCAUCAUAUUGCGAGGGGAAGAGAUAUGCUCGCCGCUCACCAUCGAGCAGGCUGUGGAUUCCCGGGAUUCUGUCGCCAUGGCGCUGUAUUCCCAAUGUUUCUCCUGGAUCAUCCUCAAGAUCAAUCAGAAGAUAAAAGGGAAGGAAAAUUUUAAGUCCAUCGGUAUUCUGGACAUCUUUGGCUUUGAGAACUUUGAGGUGAAUCGCUUUGAGCAGUUCAAUAUCAACUACGCCAAUGAGAAGCUCCAGGAGUACUUCAACAAGCAUAUCUUCUCCCUGGAGCAGCUGGAGUACAACAGGGAAGGUGUCCAGUGGGAUGCCAUCGACUGGAUGGACAAUGCCGAGUGCCUUGACCUCAUAGAGAAGAAAUUGGGCUUGUUGGCUCUGGUGAACGAAGAGAGUCGCUUCCCCAAAGGCACAGACUUCACUCUUCUGGAGAAGCUUCACAGUAGACACUCUACCAACCCUUACUACGUGAAACCCAGACUGGCCGACCACCAGUUCGGCAUCAAACAUUACGCCGGGGAGGUCUUGUAUGACGUCAAAGGCAUCCUGGAGAAGAACAGAGACACCUUCAGAGACGACAUCCUCAACAUGCUGAAAGACAGCAGGUUGGACUUCAUCUACGACCUUUUUGAGAAGGUGGGCAGCAGGAACAACGAGGAGAAGAUGGGAACAGCCAGACGCAAGCCCACCGUCAGCUCUCAAUUUAGGGACUCGCUGCAUGCUCUCAUGGCCACUCUGAGUGCAUCCAAUCCUUUCUUCAUCCGCUGCAUUAAGCCCAACAUGGAAAAGAAUCCCAACGUUUUCGACCCUGAGGUGGUCCUGAACCAGCUGAGGUACUCGGGGAUGCUGGAGACCGUCAAGAUCCGUCGUGCCGGGUUCCCUGUCCGAAGAACUUUUAAAGAUUUCUUCUUGCGAUAUAAGAUCAUUUCCAAGGAGAAAGUGACAACAGCAGGCGAUGAUAAGAAGAGGAGCACGGAUCUUCUGACUAAAUACGACAAGACCAAGAAGGAGUGGCAGCUGGGGAAGACCAAAGUGUUUAUGAAAGAGUCUCUGGAACAACGCUUGGAGAAAGACCGCGACGAAGUGCGACGCCAGGCGGCCAUGAUCAUAAGAGCUCACCUUCUCACUUUCUCGGCCAAGAAACACUUCAAGCGAGUGCGUGCCAGCACCGUCACCCUGCAGAAGCACCUGCGCAGGCACAUCCAACGAGGCCGCUUUCUCCGCCAGCGCAAAGCAGCGCUGGUGCUCCAGAGGCACCGGCGAGGCCAGGUAGCCCGAACCCGCGUCCGCAAUCUCCGUGAGGAGAGAAGGAAGAAGGAGGAGGAAGAGAAGAAACUGGUAGAGAAGGCAGAGGACAAGGAGGAAGCGGAGGGGGAGACGGAAGGCGAUGUGGAGCAGGAGGGAGCCACCGAGGGGACCAAUAAAUCUUCUCAGGACGAGGUGCGUCAAAUGGAGGAGAUCCUUCAGCUGGAGCGCGAGAUCGAACGUCUGCAGAAGAAGCGCGAGGACGAGGUUUCGCAGCUGUGCGAGUCAUCCAAGCAAGAGCUGCAGUUGCGCCGCGACGCCGAGCUCAAGCGCAUGAAGAAGGAGGCCUCGCGCAAGGCCACGGGCCUCAUCGACCUGCUCAACUUCAGCGGCGUGGACCCCACGCUGGGCGAGGCGGCGCAGGCGGUGGUUGACGGCGAGGCCGAACCUCCCAAGGCCGCCCGGGCUGCCACCGCCAUGCAACUGGGCGUGUCCAAGGACGAGGAGGUGGACGAGGGUUUCCACGCUGAGGAGGAGUACAUCCCGCUUCCCGACUUCCCCCCUCCGGUGGAGACUGACACCCCUAUGGAUCAGGCCAUAUUCGCCCACCUCCCUCCGCCGCCGCCGGCCUUCGCCGAGGGGAUGGUGCCCCCCGCUCCACCCCCACUCCCGCCAGAGGGGCAGAAAGCCGAACCGGAGAGGAAGGUCAGCAUGGCGGACAGCCUAGUGGACGGCGAGGAGCCCAUCUACAGCAUGCCCGCCGACACCGAGUCCGACUACGACCAGGAGGAGGAGGAGGGCUCGGUGACGGCCGGCGACGACAGCUCGGUGUCGGGCAGCAACCGGGGCAGCGCCGCCGUCACCGACGAAGAGCACCCGCGCAAGUCCACCUGCACCAGCGUCAGCGCCGAGUCCUACCGGGGAAGCUCCGACUCAUAUGCAGGCAGCGACGACGAGCACGACGGCAUGAUGGACACCGACGAGGAAGCCACAAACGGACGAGUCACCUUGUUCAAUGGCAACGGGCCGCCGUAUUUCCACGGUUACCUCUACAUGAAAGCCGGCCUGAUGAUCCCGUGGCGAAGGCGCUGGUGUGUGUUAAAGGAUGAGACCUUCAUGUGGUUCCGCUCCAAGCAAGAGUCUCUCAAGUCGGGCUGGCUCUACAAGAAAGGAGGAGGCCUCUCCACCCUCUCACGCAGAAACUGGAAGAUGCGCUGGUUCGUGCUGAGGGACAGCAAGCUGAUGUACUAUGACAAUGACAGCGAAGAGAAGCUGAAGGGAACCAUCGACAUCCGGGCUGCAAAAGAGAUCGUCGACAAUCACGAGAAGGAGAACGCUCUGAACAUCGUGACGGACGAGAGGACCUACCAAGUUUUUGCUGAGUCGCCAGAGGACGCCAGCGGUUGGUUUAACGUGCUUAGUAAGGUGCGAGUAUGCACGCCGGAGCAGCUUCUGGAAAUGUCCCACGAGCAGGCCAACCCCAAGAACGCUGUGGGCACGCUUGACGUGGGUCUGAUUGACUCUGUUUGUGCAUCGGACAAUCCUGAUCGGCCCAACUCCUUUGUGAUCAUCACAGCCAACCGUGUGAUCCACUGCAACAGCGACACGCCUGAGGAAAUGCAUCACUGGAUCAGUCUGCUGCAGAAGCCCAAAGGCGACGCCAGGAUCGAAGAGUUCCUCGUUCGAGGUUGGCUCCAAAAGGAGGUAAAGACCAACGCCAAGAGCACUUCGCUGAAGCUCAAGAAGCGCUGGUUUGUCCUCACACACAAUUCGCUGGACUACUACAAAAGCUCAGAACGCAACUCUUCCAAAAUGGGCACGCUGGUGCUGAAUUCGCUCUGCUCCGUCAUCCAGCCGGACGACCGAGUGCACAAGGAGACAGGAUACUGGAACAUCAUUGUGUAUGGCAGGAAACAUUCCUACCGCCUCUACACCAAAAUGCUGAAUGAGGCCAUGAGAUGGACGGCUGCCAUACAAGGCGUCAUUGACAGCAAGACACCCAUCGAGACACCGACUCUGCAGCUCAUCAGAGACAUCAAGGAGAACAGCGUGAAUCCAGAAAUAGUGGAGCAAAUGUACAGGAGAAACCCCAUCCUCAGAUACACGCAGCAUCCUCUACACUCGCCGCUACUGCCGCUACCGUAUGGCGAAGUCACCAGCCUGCAAAGGCAGCAGGGCUAUGCUAGCCUGCAGGACGAGGCGGUGCGGGUUUUCAACUCGCUGCAGGAGAUGGAGACACUGGCCGACACGGUGCCCAUCAUCCAGGGCAUCCUGCAGACCUGCCAGGACCUGCGUCCUCUCAGGGAUGAGGUCUACUGUCAGGUGAUCAAGCAGACCAAUCAUGUGCCUCAGCCCAACAGCCCGGCCAAUCGGGCGCACUGGCACCUCCUCACCUGCAUGAGCUGCACCUUCCUCCCCAGUCGCGUUAUCCUCCGAUAUCUACGCUUCCACCUGAAGAGGGUUCGCGAGCGUUACCCCAGCACGGAGAUCGAGCGCUACGCCGCUUUCAUCGGGGAAUCCUUGAAGAAGACCAAGACUCGCGAGUUUGUGCCCUCCCAGGAGGAGAUCGCCGCCUUGCUUGUGAGGCAGGAGAUGAGCACCACUGUUUACUGCCACGGGGGAGGAUCCUGCAAGAUCUCCAUCAACUCGCACACCACUGCUGGAGAGAACCGCAAAACGCCGAGCUUCCUGGACGGCACGCUGAGGAGGAGCUUCAAGACAGGCUCGCUGAAGAAACAGAAGGUGGAAGAGGAGCAGAUGCUGGAGAUGUGGGUGAAGGAGGAGACGUCGGCCACGCGCACCAGCGUGCUGGAGAAGUGGACGCGGCUGCAGGGCAUGGCGCAGCACCAGGCCAUGCUCAAGUACAUGAGCAUCAUCAAGGAGUGGCCCGGUUAUGGAUCGACUCUCUUCGACGUGGAGUGUAAGGAAGGUGGUUUCCCUCACGAUCUGUGGCUGAGCGUUAGCGCGGAUAACGUCUCGGUGUACAAGCGAGGUGAACCCAAACCGUUGGAGACGUUCCAGUACGAGCACAUCACUUUCUUCGGUGCCUCACAGCUCUACACCUACAAGAUCAUCGUGGACGAGAGGGAGAUGUUCUUUGAGACGCCACUGGUUGGCGAGAUCACCAAGAUCAUGAGGGCUUACAUUAAUAUGAUGGUGAAAAAACGCUGCAGCAUCAUGUCCGUCACCAGCGUUGCCAGCUCGUGGGUCAGGUGAUCGCCGUUGGCCAAUCAGAGAACAGAGGCAGUCUUUCCAGUCCCUGCCAAGCGAGGAAAGUGGACGUUGAAGUCACAGGGGUCAAACGAACUGGGUUGAAUACAUGUUGGGAUUUUUUUUUUUUUUUUAAUUCAAGCAUGACACAUGAACUUGGAUUUUGGAGGGCAGUCCUUUCACGUAAAUUACAUUACCCCAGUUGUAGCACUUGCAUGUAGAUGUUCAAGGCCACUUCACAUGGUCAGAUUUCCUUCUCUGUGGGCCUCAAGCACAAAGCACCCAUGAGCUGUCCUGUCCUACUUCGAAUAAUGACUCUUGGGGGCUCCAUCCGAGGACCUCACGGGGCUUUCUCUGAGAAUGGGGUGGGGCCUACAUUAAAAUUAUUCAGCGACAGUCUCCCACACAAGACAUUAGGAGGUCUGCCUCCUUGGACCCAGUAAGGAGGGCUUACGUCCAGAGGUGGGCGCGACAAUACAUUUUGCUGGUCUUUGAUUCAUUCGCCAGCGGCAGCCAUCAACGUCAUUAUUUUGGGCCGAGCCAAACUGUAAUCAUCAGUCCUUCAUCGAUUUUUUUAACUGCGCUUCCAUCAUCGCAAAAUUUUAGUUGGUCACCGCUAUUUUAGGACGUCAGUAAAUUUCAUCCGUCCGUCAGUUAUUAGGCUGUCAGUCUGUCGGAAAAACAAACAAACAAACAAACAAACA